AACCCUUCUAAACAGUAAACCCCAUAAACACACACACACACACAUACCGUCAAACAUAUAGUUAUAAAACUAUAAAAGUAUCAAAUCAAAUAUGGGUUAUUUGGAUCAUGUCUCAGAAUUAUGUUCUGUAACCAGUACAAGAAAAAGCAAACGCAAAAAUAUGGAGACAGUUGAGAUCAAGGUGAAGAUGGACUGUGAUGGCUGUGAAAGAAGGGUCAAGAAUGCUGCUUCUUCUUUAAAAGGCGUGAAAUCGGUAGAUGUAAAUCGAAAACAAAGCCGAGUAACCGUGAAGGGUUAUGUGGAGCCAAAAAAGGUCUUAAAGAAAAUCCAAAACACUGGAAAGAAAGCUGAAAUGUGGCCAUACGUACCCUAUACUCUUACCUCCUACCCAUAUGCUCCUCAAGCAUACGACAAGAAAGCCCCUGCGGGUUAUGUUAAAAACGUCCCUCAAGCAUUUCAUGCUCCAAAUUCUCCCAGUGCGAAGUAUGACGAUCUUUUCAGUGACGAAAACCCAAACGCGUGUUCGGUUAUGUGAAUGGUGCCACCAUCACAAAUUUUGAGUUGGAAUGGUCUUGCUUCGUGUAUAAUUUUGAUAAUAUAUUUGCGUACUUUGUCAUAGUUAUUAGUUCUUUGUUUACUAGUUUGAAAUCUUCGUGUGUAAUCUUGAUGUACGUAGAAGUUCAUUUCCAGUACG